ACAAACCGUUUUCAGUUUUUUUGGUUUUUCAGUGUGAUUUUUUCACCUGAAUUACUUUAGUGCAAGGCCCUCUCAUGAAAGGAAGAGACUAGAUUUAGCAAGUCGAUCUCCUCUAAAGUGCUUUAAAAAUGAUUCAUUUUUUCCUCGUGAGGAGAAUUGCCUUUAAGGCAACUGUGCCUUCAACGCUUCGAAGUUAUGAGUAUUCUCUCAGUUCCUCUCUCCACGUAUAGCUGCAAAGAUAUUUAGAUUACUGUUAACGUAUCUCAAAAAUGGAUCUAUAGCAGUGCUCAUUAUAUUUUUAUCUAGAGCAGAAAUCUAUCAUCAUGGUAGUCCCAGAAUUAUUUUCUACCGCACUCCAUCUAUGCCAAUAUUUGUGGCUAAAGUGGAAGGAUAGAUGGUCAUACCUGAAGUUGUGCAUUUUAUCUUUGUUCCACAACAAACACCUUGAUGUUCAUUAUUUUUUGGAUGUACUCCUGGGACCAAUGUAUUGGUUUGUUGAUAACUUUACGAAGCGGCUCGGACCGGCAUUUGUCACUGCUGUCUGCUGUCUAAUGGCUGCUGUGAUUGUUAUUGCGCAUUGGAUUGGAUUGCCGUAUUGGUGGGAAAAAAGUCCAUUCGCAGCGGUCCUACUUGUCAUAUUUGGUUACUGGCUGCUUGUCAAUACCUUAUUUCACUAUUACAUGGGUGUCACGGUAAACCCAGGAACUCCACCUGAGGGAGGACUAAUACAGGAAGCAGUCAGCAUUUGCAAAAAGUGCAUCGCUCCAAAACCACCUCGCACUCACCAUUGCUCUGUUUGCAAUCGUUGCAUUUUGAAGAUGGAUCAUCAUUGUCCUUGGCUGAACAAUUGUGUUGGGCACCACAACCAUCGUUACUUUUUUUCUUACAUGAUUUUUAUCACCUUGGGCACAUUCUAUCUCAUGCUGUUUGGAUUCGAAAUCGCAUACCACGAGCUUUGGGAGGAUUACUUCAGAAGUGAAGACUUGAAUGAUGAAAGUUUAGAAGGACAUGCUGUCAGGAUCAACAAAUCGUUACCUGUCGAUGAAUGGGUACUGGAGCCUGUUAAUGGAGGUGACAUUAUUUACCCAGUGAAUCAUGGAAGAGAUUGGAGAAGAAAAGCUAUUCUUUUCAUGGCAUUCAUCUGUAGCGGUGCCUUUGUAGCAAUUGGAGCGCUUUUGAUUUACCACUAUCGCCUUAUAUCUGCUGGUGAAACAAGCAUUGAGUAUCAUAUAAACAAAGAUCAGAGGAAAAAAUUUGCUGCGUUGAACAAGGAGUACAAAAAUCCUUACAACUUUGGUCGAAAACGCAACUGGAGAAUAUUUUUUGGACUACAGAAAGACAGAUCGUGGCUUCACGUUUUCUUCCCGUCUGCACACAAACCCAUCGGAGACGGUUUGCAGUGGCAAACAAUCUACUCCGGGAACCCCUUAGAAGUUCAUGCCAAAACCCCAUAAGUAUGAGAUGGGAAGGACUCAAUAUCUUGACUUGCAUUUUCAUGUAAGAGAAAGAACUUUUAAACGCUUCAUCAAUGAAAGAACUAUUACUGAGACUUGCUCAGAGUUUGUCUCAGAGGUACAUUUUUGCAAAGUUAAUUGUCCGAACAAGCUUAAUCACAAAAUCCUGUUAUAAUGCAGUUGAGAAAAAAGGAACAAAAUAGAUUUAUGAAUGGGUCACAAGACUCCAAAUAUAUGUUGACAGCUGAUAGCUACAUUGCUUUGUGCAAAAUCACCCCUUGAAACAACACUUAAUGAUAAAAAACAAGUUUUAAGAAAAGUGUUGAUUAAUCUUCUGGUGUGCCAAGAAAAAACGUCCAUGAAACAUUGAAUGUUACCAAAUCUCGUUCGAUAAAAUACAAAUUUUUUCGAAAACUUGUAAAGAAUCAUCUCUAAUUAAUCGAAUAAUUUCAUUUGCACUUUGAAAUUGGAAAUUACAAUGUAAACUUUUUUUCAUAACUUUUGAUUUCUCAAGAAUAAAUAUUUUAUCGGAGGGAAUUUGGCAACAUUCAAAUGUUCAUUUGGCGUUUUUCCUCAGCACGGCAGUCUUGAUCUAUGCAGUACAAUUUGACCACAUUUUGUAAUUAGGAACUACAAUAUCUGGCUUAUUUUAGAAACAGUAUUUGUGCUAUUAUUUUUCUUGUGCCGAUAGGUGCUUUUAUGGAUGAGCUAGAAACUGUAGGUCCAUAUUGCAAAAUGCAGUCUAAUUAAUUGUUGAAAAACAGAUUCCCUGACAAAAGGGAUCAAGACUUGGUGAGCUAGUCUUGCGGUCUCAGUUAGAUUUGUGAUAUCAUAUCUUUCACGUUAUUUUGAUUUCGCUUGUCUUUCUUAUAGAGUAUCUUAGUUUUAUAAAGUUUGUGAUAUUUUAUUUUUAAGACGAUUGUGUGAUUUUUAUCUUUAGUAUAUUGCACUUUGACGCAACAUUCCACUUCCUUUUUGGUUCUUCUUUUUGUUUCUCAGGAUGUUUACCUGUUUUUGUGUACAAAAGUUAUUUCAUUUUGUUCAUCACAAAGAGAGCAAUAAAGUAAUGUUUAUUUUGCCCUCA